AACAUAGCACACAACAUGUCGACAUUUAAAAUUCCCUCACGCAUAAAAAUCGAAAUAACCGAUAAGCGGGCACAGGAACUUCUCUACAAAUAUCUACAACCAACUUGUGAAGACAUGAGCAGUGAGGAUGAGGGUACCGCCCGCCAGCCCGCUGUGGUCAUUGACAACGGGUCCGGGGUGUGCAAGGCCGGAUUCUCCACGGAAGACACUCCCCAGGUGGUCUUCCCCUCGAUUGUGGGCAGACCACGUCACCUGAACGUCCUGGUGGACUCACUGAUCGAAGACAGCGUUAUUGGCGAGGCGGCAGUUCGUAAAAGGGGAAUGCUCACCCUAAGGUAUCCCAUCGAGCACGGGGUGGUCAGGAACUGGGAGGACAUGGAGAAGAUUUGGAAGCACACAUACGAGCUGCUCCGGGCGGAUCCAAUGGAUUUUCCGGCGCUCCUCACGGAGGCCCCCCUGAAUCCCAAGAAAAACAGGGAGAAGAUGACGGAGAUCAUGUUCGAAGGCUUCCAGGUGCCAGCCCUUUACGUGGCCAUUCAGGCCGUACUCUCCCUUUACGCCACCGGACGCACUGUGGGCGUUGUGGUGGACUCCGGGGAUGGGGUGACCCACACGGUACCGAUCUACGAGGGAUACGCCCUGCCCCACGCCUGUGUUCGCGUGGACUUGGCUGGCAGGGAUCUCACGGACUACCUGUGCAAGCUGCUCCUGGAAAGGGGUGUCAAGAUGAGCACUUCGGCGGAGCGGGAAAUCGUGCGGGACAUCAAGGAGAAACUCUGCUACGUGUCCAUGAACUAUGACCAGGAAGUAGACCUGGCGGAAUCCGAGGGGGGCUAUGAGCUGCCCGAUGGUCAAAAGAUCACUCUGGGCACCGAACGAUUCCGCUGUCCAGAGGCUCUCUUCCAGCCCAGUUUGCUGGGCCAGGAGGUGAUGGGCAUCCACGAGUCCACCUACCACUCGAUCAUCAACUGCGACUUGGACCUGCGAAAGGAUAUGUUUGCGAACAUUGUUCUCUCCGGUGGAACGACCAUGUUCCGCAAUAUUGAGCACCGAUUCCUUCGGGACCUCACCAAAAUGGCACCUCCAUCCAUCAGAAUUAAGAUCAACGCCAGCCCGGACCGCAGGUUCUCCGUGUGGUGCGGUGGUUCCGUGCUGUCCUCGCUCACCAGUUUCCAAAAUAUGUGGAUCGACAGCACGGAGUACGACGAAGUGGGUCCAACCAUCGUCCACCGCAAGUGCUUCUAGGAGAGCGAAAAUAUGGAAGUGGGCUAAAUGUCGGGAGAGUUUAUUUAUUAUAAGACUUCAGUUCAUAAUGAGCAAUAAAGAUAUGGCUUUAU